GAUGACAAAAAUAACACCCCUAGUAACUUUCUUCUCGAAGAAAGAGCAAAGAAACUCGAAAAAACUUUUGGAGCCGUAAGCAAGGUAGAUCGGAGGCAUCUCCAUCGGCGAUCCCUAAAUUUGAUUUCGUUAGAAUUCCCCCCUGCAAUGUCGUCAUCAUCAUCUUCUCAACCCGCCGAUGGCGACGCUGUUUAUAUGCGACAGAGUAAAGGAGCUCCGUUUAAGUUUUUAGUUCCCCUGAUUUAUGCUCCUGUUCUCCCUCUCAUUCGACUUACAUUGAGACACAAGCCAGUUUUGAGGGAUCGAUUGUUCACAGCAGUUUUGGUUGGGGCUGUUGCUCAUGGAACUUACUUGGUAUCAGAUCUUUAUGACAGUGAGAGUAAAUGAAUCAGCACAGAUCAUUUCACAUGAAGCUUUCAUGGAGUCAUGGGUGUGGAUCGAAUGCAGUAUGAUGCUCUGGUAUUAAAUUGCAUAUGUUUAUCAUUAAUUUUUGUUGGACUUAAUUGGUAAUUACUUUAUAACAAAAUAAGAACCCGAAAAAACUCAAUAUUAUGAAACUUUAGGGAUGAAAACUCAAUAUUCAAAGUUUCAAACAGUUUUGGAUGAUCAA